UGUGUUUAUCUUGUCCUUGUCCACGUUACAGUGUGGUUUUAGAGUUUAAGUUUUUAUCCUGCGUGUUCGCUUCCUGUCAAGACAUCCACAGGAAAGAAACUCCUGACAACGUGAAGAAUUAAUCAGAGGUCCGUGUUUUCAGGGUGACACAAAGAAGAGACUUGUGCACUAAAGUUAUUUCUGGUUUUUAAAAAAAGAGGAAGGAGGAGGGGGGGGGGUCACCACCCAGCUUCCUCGACGCUCAUCUCUGCGGUUCGUGCUCCGUGUGCCUCACACUUUCUCUCUUUUUUUGUCAUUUUUUUUAAUCCAUCAUAUCGUGGUCAUUUCCAGCCGCUUUUUUCCUGUACGGCCUGUCAUUCCCCACUAAAGUUCUCUGUGACCCCUUUCUUCGAGCGCACCAUGGAAACCUAGUGCGCCCUGGCAAAAAUGCACCUCAGCGCACACAAGGCCAUAUUCUUUACAAAAGGGCCAAAGCAUCUGGAUCUUUCUUUUCCAGCAGCUCCUCGCCGGCAUGGCAAAGCACAAGCCUGGGUCUGUGUGGCAGAAACCACUGCUUUUUAUAGACUGGGAGACAAGAAUGACUGAAUGGCUAACGCGUCUUCAUUAACUGAGAGCUGCGCGGAGCUCCGGUCCCUUACAGCAGUGACACACAGCCGGUGAGGUCUCUCAGGAGUUUACGGCGCAGAGAAAAGACUGUGACAAUAAGAAAUGUCCUGGCUGGGGUUUCCCCAUUAACGAGUCGCGUUAAGAGUAGCGUUGUCCAUCAUUGUCUUACUGGUUAUUUUUGUUUUACAUAUUAUAUGGCUCGCCCGGGUGUAUUCUCUCAGUCAUUAAUUACACAAAGUAAUGUUUAGUUCAGUAAAUGCAUGUUUUGGUAGGUUAUGACUUCAAUCUAUUCUAUCUUGAAAUUAGUCGAUUUAAUCACGCGAAUAAUUUGUUUCUCGAGAAGUCAAGAAAACCAAUAUUUGCACACGUUCAUUACAAGUGUUUCUUAAAAUGGGACGUUUGUUAUCGGGUGAUUUGCAUUAAAAUCAUCAUCACAUAACUUCAAAUCUGAGUUUGUUGCUAAUGAAUCGCCCUCAAACGUCACUCAGAUAACUCGCGCGGAUUGUCUCCCACUCGUCCCAAAUAAAUAUAUAAAGGAUGGGUGGACAAAAACCACGCCUUUCAAGAGAUGAUGACGAGCACCUGUGACCCCGACAACAUUUUCCACACACACACACACACACACACACACUCUCACUACAUUGUUAACGCUGGAGACGAGAGGUACAGCAAGGACGCGGUCACAGCAGAAAGGAGACAACUUACCUUUUAGUCAUGUAGUCCCGGAUUAAAAUGAACACUAGAGCCGAGUCGUCCUGUAAAUAGAAAGAAAAUAGUCGCAUGGGGAAGAUGACAACAAACAAACACGCGGCAGAGAUAAAAAGGCAAAACAUUGCUUUCAGGUAAAUGAUUAAAAUGGGAGUGUUGCGCCUGAAAAACCUUCCAAAAAGCUCCUGUUUUAGAAGGAGUGGAACAUGUGCCUGAUUGCAGAGUUUUAGGCGAAUGGAACGGGAGAGAUGUAAGAUUUGUUUAAAGCCCCGCAUUUCCAUUUAAGAACGUGAUUGUGUUUGCAAAGAUCCCUUUCAAUCUUCGCAUCUCCCCCCACUCUCCCUACCCCUCAGCGUCUCUGAGGCUGCUUUGCAAUUCAUAGAAUUGGUAAUUUGCUAUUGGGACAAAACGUGAAGGGAAAAAUAAUCAGAUCAAGCGGGAGAGGUAGUGAGGAAGGAGCCAGAAGGAAGAAACACAAGGUUUCUCUCUCCAAGUUGCUGCUUAGUAAAAUGCUUCGAGAGGUAAAUGAUAUAAGAAUAUAGCCAAUUUUAUUUUCUUGAAACGGUUCAAUGUACAUUUACAGGACUGAGGAGAUCCAGAACAACUGCAGCAGCUUGACAGCGAGGAUGCAGUGUCAUAUAAAAAUUAAAUUAGACUGCUCAGUGAUAAAUUAUGAAUGAUUAUUAUCGGAUAUGGCACUAAACCUUUGCUAACGGCUAUGUGAUUGCGUUCAGGAUUUUAAAGUAAGAUACUGAAUGAUGUGAAUAAAUUGUGUGUAAUAUCUGUCACCUGCACUGUGUGCGUGUGUGUGCGCGCGCGCGUGUGUGUGUGUGUGGAGAGAGAGAGAGAGAGAGAGAGAACGAGCGUAUCUUGGCCUAUCAUAAGUGGGUGGUGAUGAUGAGAUCAUACAACAUUGAAAAUUACCGAGACAAUACAAAUAAAUGACAUACGCGGAGGCUUUGAAAUAGAGCAAAUACUUUCAACAUUUGUCACACAUUUCCAGCAGCAUUCACAGACACAUGACUUAUUUACACGCCUCUCGUCGUGUGGGUGGCUGCGAAGCUGGAGCAUCGCGCCUUAUAAUCUGUUUAAAAUGAGGAGCGCUAUAAUCAUCAGUGACCUAUUAUAAAAGGUGCUCGGGUGUGUGUGUGAGUGCAUGCGUGUCUGUUGGAGGAGGAGGAGGAGGAGGUUUUGGGGAGGGUGUGUGUGUGUGUGUGUGUGAGGGGGGGGUAACCCUUCAAAAAGAUCUCCGUACUCCCCCACGUGGUUAUUUGCAAAACAACCGAUCUAAACUCAGGGAAACCUAAUCAAACCCCUCUGCAGCCCCGCUUCACCUUCACUGGAGAGAAGAAAUCUAACAGACUAACGGAAGUUUGUUUUUUUUAUCCUCAGCGCGAGUAUAGAAAUGAGAGGGUUUUGCUGUUAAGACUCGAAAGAGACAUUUAAUAAAUAGAACAUAUGUUUUUUCUAUAACAUAUGUAAGAUCGGAGCUCUGUCGAGUCCUGUGCGAAAAAUGCGCUGUUCCACGCUCUGAAGCCCUGCGCCUAUUGAAUAUGUCCCCAGUGGGCUUGAAUCGGAGAGGAGCCAAUACAAGCGGAAGGGAGGCGUGUCUUCGCUCUUCCCCAAGACCUCCCAGAGCAGGUUGUUGCGUUUUGGCUCUAAAGCCUGGAGACCUCCGAAGUGCUCGUCAGUUUUCGAAGUAGGAGCCAUGGCGACAACAGCUCAGUAUAUUCCGAGGAAUAACUCCUUACCGUCUAACCCACUCAUGCAUCCGGAUUCGGAUAGGAUGCACCAGGGGACGACCUACAGAGAGGUGCAGAAAAUGAUGCACCACGAGUACUUGCAAGGGCUUGCGGCUACCAACACGGGACAUCCGAUGAGCCUGACGCACCACCAGUGGCUGCCCACCUCCAACACCGACUGGUCCAGCGGCACCCACAUCGGACAGCAGGAGCACAAAGCCAGCGUGCAGGCGACCCGGGAGGACCUGAGCAGCGGCUUUCACCACAGAUCUCACCUGGUGCACCAGCAGACGCAGAGUGGCCACCAUGGUUCGUGGGCGCCCACAACGACCCACCACUUAUCCCCGCUGUCCCCAGCAUCCAACGGCCACCAGUCGCUGGUCUACUCCCAGCCUGGAUACACAAACCUCAACGCAAUGCUGAGUCCCCAGCCUGGCUCCCUGCACCAUGGCAUGCGGGACCCGCUCCACGACGAUUCGGGCAGCCACGACAACCAGAUGGAGUCGCCCCAGCAGGCGUUCAGCCACCACCAGGACCACUCGGACGAGGACGCGCCCAGCUCCGACGACCUGGAGCAGUUCGCCAAGCAGUUCAAGCAGCGGCGGAUCAAACUGGGCUUUACGCAGGCGGACGUGGGCUUGGCCUUGGGCACCCUGUAUGGAAACGUCUUUUCCCAAACCACAAUCUGCAGGUUUGAAGCGCUGCAGCUCAGCUUCAAGAACAUGUGCAAACUUAAGCCGCUCCUAAACAAGUGGCUGGAGGAGACAGACUCAAACACGGGCAGUCCCACCAAUUUGGACAAGAUCGCUGCGCAGGGCAGGAAACGAAAGAAGAGGACCUCCAUUGAAGUGGGGGUGAAAGGGGCACUGGAAAAUCAUUUCUUAAAAUGCCCAAAGCCGUCUGCUCACGAAAUCAGCACUUUAGCCGGCACUCUGCAGUUGGAAAAAGAGGUUGUGCGUGUUUGGUUUUGCAACAGAAGACAAAAAGAGAAAAGAAUGACACCAGUGGGGGUCCCUCACCCGAAUAUGGAGGACGUAUAUUCCCAAGCAGAGACCCCUCCUCUACACCGCACACUACAGAGUCCUGUGCAGUGACUGUUUUCAUGAACAAUCCCAGCAUUUCCGCAUGGGGAUAGAAAAGGCAAAAGGGACUACGGAGUUUACAGUAUUUAAGUUUGGCUUUUGUUUUUUCCUGAGAGAAAAGAGACAUGGAGAAGUUGAACAGAUGUGUUUUGCCCUUAGUAUUCGGAGAUCGACAUGUCCAACAAAUAGAUGGCAAGAGGGAAAAUGUUGAGGGGGGAAAAAAUAAAAAAAUCAAGAAAAAAAAAGAAAAAAAAAUAUUCGAUAUUACUGAUUCCGUGCGCAUUUAAAGUGAAACAAAGAUCUUUAUUUACCAAAAUUAUAUGGAGGAGACAUGCAUAUAAAGUAAAUUUUGAAAUCCCAUGGCUGUUUCAAGUGGGGAGUAAUUAAAUGUGGCAACUGAGGCCAUCUCCUCCUGGUGUACCAUGAACUGUUGGCGCUCACCAGAAUGAGGUGGUUUGCCUAAAAAAAUGAUCAACACUGGAGACGAAUAGCCUACACUGAAUGAACAUUUUGCUUUUUCAGGCUUAAACUGAUUAACCAGAUUUCUGAAUAUUAGUGUAUACUUUCUUUGUUAUAUUAAGUGUGAUGUUUUGGUUUGGAAAAUACUUUUAACUUCAGUGUCUCUCUUUCUGCAGACUGUCUAUGAUUUCGUUCAUUAUUUGCUAUAGGUACUGUAACUCAUCAGAGCAAGCCUCUACGUUUAUUUUAUUAUUAUUAUUUUUUUUUGUUUAUUGUUUACUCAGUGGGAGUUGAUGGUGGAAAAGUGAUGGAAAUUAUGGCACCCGAAAACACUCAUAUAAUUAAGGUCAGACACAUUUCAGAAAAUGUCCAAUGCAGCAGGACGUUUAAGUCCCGACUUGCACGCCUUAAAAAAAAAAAAUAAGAAAAAUAAGAAAAAGAUAUUUAAAGCUUAGCAGCUGACCACGUCGAAAUUUGCAAACAGCACCAGACGCUAAAAGGGCAAUUAAAAAAAACAAACAAACGCAUUUUCUUUUAUUUCAAUGGGAGGGGGGGUUGCUUUCAAAUUAUUGUUUUCUUUGCAUGGAGCACUUAUUCUUUCGUUGAUAUUAUUAUUGCAAUUUUAUAGGUGUUAAUAAAAUAGUGGAGCUAAUCUCCAUUGGCUUAAACACAAUAAAUCCCAUGUUUACAGGUUCCUGCUUGUCAGCUCACACUGCUUACUGCCUGCCACCCUGUCGUAUUCCAAACAUUUCGAGAGAGAUUGGUCCAAUACGAAAUGAAAAGUAAUAAUAACUCAGGUAACUUCAGUGCCCCAUGUCGGAAUAUCACGCCUGUACAUGACUGAUAUUAAUAUAAUUAUUUUUUUUUCCUCUUGUGUUUUUAGAUGUUUAAAUCUGGUUACAGUCACACCGUUUUCCUUUGUCCCAUGUAUCCAUUGUAUUAUAUUAAAACGCUGGAUUCGGAGAAAAGAAAAAUAAUGAUUCCUUUAGGGAAAGCGAUGAAGUGACUUAACUUUAGAAAUGUUUUGGGUUUUUUUUUCUGACCUGAAGGUAAAAUCUGAAAAUCUCAUGCGUUGUGUGUCAUUUAUUAAUGCUGGACCAGCCCAAAAGCCUACAGCAGUGCUAUUCACUACAGAUGAGGGAAGCGUUUUUGUUUUGUUUUGUUUUGUUGUUUUUUUUUUUCCAAGAAAAAAAAUAAUACUAAUAAAAAAAAAGAUUUUAGAGAAAAUGUUGCCAGGAUUAUUUCCAAUAUGUAAAUAUGUCCAAUAUGUAAACUUGUAUUUGUUCUGAGAUAUUGUUUUGUUUUUGUUUCUUUCCGGGCAGUUUUGUACACUUACUAAUUCCAAGAAGAUAUUUUAAUAUGAUUUCAUUUAUGAAUCUGACCAUUUAUAUAUAUAUAUUUAUUUCUUAAACGUGUUUGGAGCUUUUUGUUUAGCUCUGUUAAUGGUUAUGUUGCAGUGGAUUUCAGUCUGUUUUUUUUUUUCUUUUUAUUUACUACAUUGGUUGUAUGUUGAUUGCUAAAUGUAGACUGCAAAGUCACAUUUAUAUUUAUGUUAUAGUAAUAUUUUAUUACUUACAUAAAACAUAUAUACAAGAAAUGGUCUUUUGUCUUCAUUAAGAUCCAAACCACUCGUCCUUUUGUUGCUGUCCGUUGUGGCAUCACCAGGCAAACAAGAUGAAGCUGAUCAUAAAGUUUAAUGCUGUUCAGUGUGCAGAGCAUCGCGAAGUGGUCAGCACACCGUGUGUUCACUUUAAAUAGCAGUGAUUCGUUAUGUAACAGGGUGGGGGGGUCGUUUAAAUCAGAAGCUGUGUACAUGUGCUGUUAAAGGGAAUAGACAACAGUAUUUUACCUCAGGCGUUCCCUGCUAAGUUCACACAGUCUCUGACGUUGUUCACAUCUUUGUGUAAUAA